GCAGGUGAAUACUUCUGUGCAGGGUGGCUCGAAAUAUUUGCUCGGAAAUGAAUUUGGUUGUUUUUAUAGAAAUAGAUUACAAGUAAUGGAAAUGGUUAAGAUAUACGCAUGAAAAACCUAGCUAAUAUAACUAAGUAAUUAAAAUGCAGACGAAUAAUAUUUCAAUGUUCUCGGUGUUCCGUAAUUUUUGGUAAUUUAUUGCAAUGUGUGUAGACGCGACCUCUGCAUUCAAAUCCAGCAUCGCAAACGUCAUCCUCGCUAAUGUUUAGAAAAUAAUAAAAAUCAUCAAAAGGAUUAAAUUUGAAAAUUUCAAUAACAUGAGAAAAUUUAUUUUCCCAUGAAUAUUAGUUGACGCGAUUACAUUGGCAGUGCAGAGCAGAUCGACCACCUUGGACAUCUAAGUAUUCUAACAAAAACGGUACAUCGAGUGCGCAGGUGCAUGGGACGAUGGAAAGGAUAUCCGUGCAGGAUCAUCGAACCGUGUACGAACAGAUGUGCAAGGAUUAUUUGAAUUUGAAACUUUUGGCACAGAACGCUUGCCCCGAUCGCGAACAUCUGGAACGGUGUAAAAACUCCGUCCGAGAGGAGGUGCACUCGUGUAGAAAGCUGUGCCGUGUUACAGAAUUCGAUCAUCUCGUGCUGCUGCUGGAGCAAAGGAAUCUUCUCAGUCUGCUCAAACCGGACCUGAUCGAGAGGUUUGAAUUGGCGCUAGAUGCGAAAGAUGUUUCCUGUGCCUUAAAAUCGUACAGAAGUAUGCUAAGUUCACAUUAUGCAGCUAUUCGACGAUUCCAUUUGGAAGAUUUGCGCCACCGGGAUCGUCGAACGCUUCUUGAAAAGGAAGUGGAAAAGAUCAAACUGCACGAAACAAACGAUACGCUGAUGCCAUCUGCUGUAAAUACAAAGCGCGACAAGUAUCUUCAGCAGCGCGAUAAAGUUUACUCACUGCUUCAGUUAGAAAUUGGCAAAAGUUGGAAACCAUUUGGCAGGUUUUUGAACGUUCCCCCAGCCGUGCUGGAAGAGAUUGAGGACCGAAACAGACAAGAUCUUAAAACGCGAAUUUAUGAGGUGCUUCAUUGGGCCGAGAAACAGUUUGCCGAUGAUACAUUAGAUCAGUUUUUUGUUGUUCUUCUAAAAGCCCUGGAAAACACCAGGAGAAAAGAUCUCAAACGAAAAAUUGAAAGCAUGUUACAGGAAUAAAGCGUUGACUUCUGUUGUAUCAAAAACGGUUCUCCUAUAGAGUGAUAUUCUAUUACUUUUUGUUAUUAUUUUUUUUCGGUGUAGUCAAAUAAAAAAUAGCAAACUGUAUU